AUGGACGAUAGUGAAACCAAAAAAGAUUCAAAUGGUAAUGUUGAAAUACGGCAAUCUUCAUCACAAUCCUCAGAAUCUCACCCAUUCCUAAUCACACUAGGAAUAAUCAUAAUUGCAUUAUUUUUCAUUAAAUAUUUAUUUUUACUCACUCUGGGAAUACUGUUAUUUGUUGGCUCAAUAUUGGCAGUGCUAAUAUCAGGAGCACAUUUCAUAAAGAUACCCAGACCUUCAACUGAUCCAAUACGUACAAAAUUCACCAGAUUAUCAUUCACAAGAAAAGAAAGAUGGAAUGAUGAAGUAGCACAACUUCAAAUUAAUCAAGAUUUGAAACCACAGGCAAAUACUGGACCUUUGACAUCAGAGAUAGAUGGAAUCAUUGAUCUUAUACUCAGAGAUUUUGUUUCGAGCUGGUUCUCACAUAUAUCUAAUGAUCAAUCAUUCCCGUUUCAAGUUAAAGUUCAAUUAAAACUAGCAUUAUCAGAAUUGGAAGCUAGAAUAUACAUGAUGAAUGUUUCAAAUUUUUUAAUUUUGGAAAUAUUACCAAUUAUAACUAAUCAUUUUUCAAGUUUUGUUGCAGCUGAAGAUAUUGUUUUAGGUGAACAAAGGAAUAAAAAUAGAACAAAUGAUUUAGAUGUUAGAGUAGCUAAAGAGUUCAUUAAACUACAUCCAGCUAUAUCAUUUAAAGACAUAGAGAAGCAACCUGAAGUGCGAAGAUAUUCUAGAGAUAAAGUUGGUGGUUUGAUUCAAUACCUUUUAUCAAAAGAUGAACAAUCUUCAUCAACAGUGUUAGUUCUUGUUAGAGAACUUCUUUCUAAUGCAGUUUUCGUUCCUGUUAUUCAAUUAUUGUCAGAUUCAGAUUUCUGGAAUCAAACCAUUAUCAAAGUUGCAUCUGCCACAUUGAAAGACAGAGUCCAAGUUAGAGAAAUAAGAAAUGCAAUUGAUAAACAGUACAAGCGUCCUUCAAAUUCAUCAAUACCAACAAUUAGUAAAAAUCCAUUGUUAGACAUCAAAAUUACACCAAACAUGAGACAACCUGAAUUUGAAAAAUAUUUGAAAGCCAUUGGAAAAUCAGAAUCAGCUUCUAUCUUGAAGCAGUUGAAAUAUUAUUAUGCAAUUCAAAUAAGCAGAACUCAUAAAAUUAGAUCAAAUUCUGAGAAAUUUUUGAAAUACCGUAAAAGAUUACACCUUGCCAACUCACUUGUUGAUAAACAACUUUCAAUUUUAAAUGACCAAUUAGCUGAUAAUCCUAGAAACUCAGUAAUAUUAGAUCAAGGAUUAGAUGGGUUUAUAUCUGGUCUUACACUCUCUCAAGUCUUGAGUAAUCCAUCUUCAUUAUCAUUUUUUAUGGAAUUUAUGGAGCAACGUUCAAGGACCAUUCUAUUACAAUAUUGGUUAACGGUUGAUGGUAUUAAAGAUCCAUUAGAAGAUCCAAAAGAUCCAGAUUACGAGGAAGAGUUAUCGUCUUCUGUUGAUAUGACUGGCGCUCAAGAUAUUGAACAAAUUUUUCAUCGUUUCUUUGAUCAAAGACUUCUUAAAGUUAAAAAAGAGGUAUAUAAUGAAGUGAAAAACUUUGCAGAAGGGCAUGAAAGAUCACUUAAUCAAUAUAUUCAAGUUAGAAAAUUCAUACUAAUGUUACAAGAGGACGUAUUCCAUAGAAUGGAGGAACGUGAUUUAGCAGAUUUCAAAAAUUCAGACUUAUUUUUAAAACUUUUAUCAAGUGAAGCAUUUGAAGAAUCAUUGGUCAAUCAAGUUGAUUUUGCGCAUGAACCUAGCUUCGAUGAAUUUGCUGAAGAUAGUGGACAAGAAACUCCACCACCAGAAUUGAUCAGCGAAUCACAAUAUGAGCUAGAAAGUGUAUUGACAGAUUUAAUUGGGUCAAAUGAUAACUAUAAGAGACCAUCAUUAUCUAAAAGUGAAUCAACCGAUUCAUGUAAGAAAUUGAAUUUGACUCAAAAUCUAAGAAAUGAAAUAUUUGGAUCUCCACAAGAAGGAUUCUUAACUGAAAAACCAUUAUUUAAUGAUGACUCUGGUGAUGAAGAUGAUGAAAUUAAUGAUGAAGAAGAAUCUGUCUUAUCAGAUUCAAAAUUAGAAGUUGAUCCUGAUUUUUUCAGUGUAUCUCAUGAUGUGUUGAAUCUUAAAGAAGAAAUUAGAAAAUUUGAAGAAGAUAUUGAAAGAUUGAACAGACAAAGUGAUAUGUUAGAUCCAUUGAUUUUGAAAGCUGAAUUAAUCAAUAAUACUAAUGAGUUAAGAAUUCUUAAGAAAUCCAAAGCAAGUUAUCAACGUGAAAUUGAAUCAAAAGAAUUACAAAAACAACAAUUAAUUUUGGAAGAUAAUGAUAAUAGUUUAUUCGGUAAGACUUCUGUGAACAUCGACUCUUGGGUCAAAGGUACAUCUCAUGGUAAAGAUUAUAUUUUAUAUGUUAUUGAAAUUCAAAAAUCAUCAACUGGUAAAAAUGGUACAGGAUGGAUUACAGGUAGAAGAUUUAGUCAAUUUCAUAGGUUAAAUGAAUUAUUAAGAAAACGAUACCCUGCUGUGGACCAAAUACCAUUCCCAAAGAAGAAGCUUAUAUUGAAAUUUCAGCAAAAGGCACUUAUUGACGAAAGAAGAUUUCAAUUACAAUAUUAUUUAAGAAAACUUCUAGAAAUUGAAGAUGUUUGUUGUGAUAAAGAAUUUAGAAAAUUUUUAACAACUCAAGAUUAUAAAGUUUCAUUAGCAGAUUCCGAAAUUCCAAGUCCAGUACCAAGUGCUAGAUCAAGGCUAGAAGAUACUGCAAGCAAAUUGUAUUCAGGAUUUUCUAAUCCAUUAGAGAUGUUAAACACAAGAACUGAUAGUUCUGAAAAUCUUCAAAAUGGUGUCAAUGAUGAUGAUUCAUAUAAUCAAAAUGUUGAAAAUGUUGAAGAGAUGCAAAAAGAGUUGGAUAAUUUUGAUUCACAAAUUACUAGAUUAGAAUCACAAAAAUCAUUUAUAAAACCAGUAACAGAUUUAGUUAUAGCAUUAUUUUCAUUAAAUAAACCAAAUAGUUGGCUAAGAGGUCGUGCAAUAAUUGUGGUAUUACAACAAAUUUUCGGUAGUACAAUUGAAAAACAUAUCAAAGAUUUGAUUAAUGGAAUGACAACACAAGAAAGAAUUAUAAGUACAAUAGGGAUGUUGAGAAAUAUACUUUGGCCUAAUGGGGAAUUCAUGAAAUCAAGUAUACCAAGAACUACAAAAGAGAAAAAUAAAAGUGUACAAGAAGCUCGUGUAUUAUUAGAAACUUUAAUGAUUGAUGCAUGUUCAAAAAUUGUUGGUCAACCUAGUGCGAAAAGUGCAAGUAAUAAAAUUGGUUCAAUGUUACAAAAUGAUAUAUUAAAUAGAUCAUUAGUUUAUGAAAUCUUUGAUAAAAUAUUGGAUGAAAUAUUCCCUGAAAUUAAUAAAUAA